AUGACGGACAUGCUCUCAGUCUUUGGCUUCGUGGUUGGGCUCUUGGCGGGCCUAGCUGGGAUGAUCAUCAUGUGGGUUCUGCAAUCUCAGAGUAAAAGUGCCCACACAGUGCAUUCAGAAGCGAUGCAGCCGGUGUCCUCCACAAGUGCUCCUACGAAGCAAAGGACAGAUGCUAUGGAGCCUACGGACCGCAAGUCAGAGAGUCGCUCUGCUGCACCGCCUGGACUCCCAGACCCUUUCGAGGCACUGCUGCCAGACAUCAUGAGUGACGUGGCUGCUGAUGCGACCGGAGGGAAACCAGUGCCACCGACUACGACACCUACGCCUCUGACUCCUACCGCGCCCACCAUGGCAGAUGGAGCUCAUGGUGGUGUUGCGACUGCAACCGCAGUCCCUGCUCCCCCGGGAGACCUUGCCUCAGCAAUGGAGUCCAUGAAGUCCUGGAUGAGUGGAGAGCUGCAGGAGCAAAUCCAAACCCUCUUUGAGCAGAACCUCCGCUCCCUCCAUGCGACAACUACGCCAACGCCGCCUACAACAAGCACACCCGACUUCGACUACCUCCAGGCGGAAGUGGACUCCCUGAAGUCGUCUAUUCAGGGCAUGAUCAAAAUCCAAGAUAAAAUUGUCGCCAAACUGGAUGAGCUCGGUGAUCUCGGUGGUCGGCGACACGCUUACAUGGAAACUUCGACAGAUGGCACGCAAGACCAGCUUCGGGGCAUCACCAGAGACGUACAGGCACUGGGGGCCAGUCACAAAGAACAUCGCCAGGCCAACAAGGACGCAGCUGCUGAAGCUGGCCGCCGUUUUAUGGAGGUCCUGAAGGAGCUGGCAACGCUCUCGAGCAAAGUCCACAACGGCUUUGCAGGACUCAGUGGGAUCGGCCGAAGUGCGAUGGCAGCUGCCCAGGAGGCGAAGGCAGCAGCCGAGCAGGGCCUCGAGAUCGGUGAGAAGACGCUCGCGGCAGUUCGGGUGGCGGGACCGUCCCCUUCCGAGCGCGAGCUCCUGGAGGGUGUCGCGGAGAGCCAGAAAGCUCUGGAGGCCAUCAAGGACCAGCUGGGAACACUGGAUGGAGCGCUUGAAGGCAUCAAGCAGCAGUUGGCGAGCCCACUGCCGCCGCCACCACACAAUCCACCGGCUGUUGUGACUCAGGUGGUGCCACCGCCCCCCCAGCACACACCGAACCUGGUGCACUUGACGGGUGGCUCCGCACCUUCGUGGAACACGCCUCCGACCGUGAUGGUGGGAAAUCCCCAGCAUCUUUUGCGCAUGCUUGCAGGGCACUCUGAUGGAUCCAACUGA